CAUAACAAAGAGAGAGAAAUGGAGAAAGCUGAAUCAACAUGGCUACCCUGUCUCAUCCUACAGUUGACCUUUCUGUUUUUCUCAAAGAUGGUGAAGAGGAAGAAAAGAAAAGGGCUAAGGAAAUAAUCAGCCACGCUUGUUCUGAAUACGGCUUCUUUCAGGCUGUAAACCACGAGAUACCUCUGGAGCUUAUGAGCCGAGCCAUGGAGCUAACCAAGAUAUUUUUUGCGUUGCCGGAGGAGGAGAAGAGAAAGUAUAGACCUAAAUCCGGCGAGCCAGAGUCGGCAGGUUAUGGGAAGAUGUCGGCGCACGGUAUUGAUCUGAAUGAGUAUAUAUUGAUGCUUCCACCUCAGUCCAGCUCCAAUGUUUUGCCAAAUGAUCCGCCUGAGUUAAGGCCAGCACUUGAAGAGUUAUUCAACUAUUUUUGCAAGACUGGUGAACUUGUGGAGAGCAUUUUGAAUGAUUGCUUGGGUCUUCCUCCCGAUUUUCUCAAGAAAUACAACGAUGAUAGAAGCUCAGAUAUUUUGACGACUCGGCGCUACUUCCCAGCAUCAGAAAAUGACAACAUUGGGUUACCUCAACAUACAGAUGGAAAUUUUAUCACUUUUGUCUUUCAGGAUGAAGUUGGAGGUUUGGAGGUUCUUAAGGAUGGAGAAUGGACUCCAAUUGUUUCGGUUGAAGGCACAAUAGUUGUCAAUGUCGGCGAUGUUAUUCAGGUCUUGACGAACAAUAAGUUCAAGAGUGCACCCCAUAGAGUUUUGAAACAAAAAGGAAGAAGUCGUCACUCGAUUACCUAUUUCUAUAGCUUGCAAGGAGACAAAAGCGUUGAACCAUUACCACAUUACACUAAACAAAUUGGAGAGCCACCGAAGUAUAGAGGAUUCAUGGUCAAGGAUUAUCGAGCUUUGAGGAUAAGAAACAGAACUCAUCCGCCAUCCAGACGCGAAGAUGUGAUUGACAUAACUCAUUAUGCAAUUCCUCAUAAUUAACAAGAAUAAACUAGUGGUUACAUGAACUCUAGUUAUCUUGCAAAUGGAAUGUGUUCUAGCUUAUAUACACUCAUCGAUGUAUUAUAGAGAUUAUGUUUAAUGAUUGCUGGGUAUUCCCACUUUGCUUG